AUGACCGAUGGAAAAACUCGAGGUUGGGGAGGCUCUAAACAAAAUUUACAAGAAUGGAAAAAAUACAAAGAGGUUUUAGAUGAGUCUGGAAUAACUACUGGUGAUAUCCCCUGGUUGGACAUACGAGGAAAUCAUGAUAAUUUUAAUAUAAUCUCCAUCGAUUCACCAGAGAAUCAUUAUCUAAAUUAUUCAAUUCAAGGUCAAAAAAAGGCACGUUCUUUUAUCCAUCAAAUGACUGUACGUUCAACGAAUUAUUCAUUUAUCGCUGUUGAUGCCUGUAUGACACCUGGACCAAGACGACCAUUUGAUUUUUUUGGACAUCUUGAUAAAACUGAAAUUCAACAUAUAACUAAAUUUAUUGAAAAAUCUAAACAAUCAAAAAGUGAUUAUAACAUUUGGUUUGGUCAUUUUCCAACAUCUUGUAUUAUAACUGACGAUGAAAAAGACGUUAAACAAAUAAUAGGAAAAGAUGAAAAAUCAGUUGCUUAUCUUUGUGGUCAUCUACAUACAUUUGCUGGUUUAUCACCCAACAUGUAUACAAUACAAAAUGAAGGAUAUCUUGAAAUUGAAGUAUCUGAUUGGAAAGAACAUCGUAUAUUUCGUCUUGGUGUUAUUGACAAUGGUUUAUUUACAUUUGUUGAUGUUAAACAUGAUGAAUGGCCAAUUGGUAUAAUAACAAAUCCAAAAAAUGCAUUAUAUCAUAUGAAAAAAAAAGAAAAUAUACAAUCAAUUGUUGAUUCAACUCAUAUUAGAGUUUUAGCAUUUUCAUUGGAUCCAGUUGUUAAUGUUUCAAUUCAAAUAAAUAAUGGAAAAUGGAUAAAUUGUUAUAAAGUUGGUGAUGAUCCACUUUGGGUUACUGAGUGGAAUUCAUCAUUGUAUAAAAUUGCUACUAAUUCUAUACGUGCUAAAAUAAUUGAUAAAAUGGGAAGAACAAAAGAAACGGAAUUACAAUAUUUUUCACUUGAUGGUACACAACCAUCUUUUUCAUUUAUUUCUACUGUUAUUCUUAAUACUGAAACAAAAACAUUUGUAUUAAUAACUAUUAUUUUUUAUGCAUUUAUGAGUAUCAUAAUUAUUGUUCCAUUGUGUAUAUGCAAAUAUCUUCAUGGUCUUUGUCAAAAAAAACAAAGGGAUAAUCCAAGAAUACGUAGAAAAUGGAUACGUUCUUGUGUUAGAAAAAUAUGGUUAUUAUCUACACUUGAUUUUAUAUUUUAUCCAAUUAUUAUUUAUCCAAUUUAUUUGGCAAUUGGUCCAUGGAUAGCUGGAGAAAUUAUUGAAGAUAAAUAUGUCUCAAUAAGUUAUAUCAAAUGUGCUGGAUCAGUUUGGACACCAUCAUAA